AUGGGGACGACGCCGUGGAGCUGCUCCCGCUGCACAUUUGAAAACAGGGCGCUUGUGCAUCAAUGUAUUAUAUGUCUCAGUGCGCGGCCAGCGACAAAGUCACCUAUGUCAACUCGCAAUAAUAAGAAGGCGAAGGUGAAGUCGCAGGCACAGUCGUCACUGUUGUUUAGUAUUGGCAGUUCCGAAGAGAAGGAGCAAGAACGCCUUGGAAAGAAGCUGCAGCAAUUGAGGGAGUUAGGCAUCGAUUUGCCAAAUGGCGAGAUAAUGACCCUUCUACAGCGCAACUGCUACAGUGUCCAUGGGGCCGCCUCUGAUUACUUUGAGCGUCUGAAACGUACGGAUGUCUUAAUCCAGGUAGACAAUGAAGCGAAUCAGAGACUAAAAAGGGCUUUAGAGAAGUUCGCGAUCGUGAGUAGUACAGACGAUGGGCAUUUUCAAGUACUGGGAAAUACCACCAUGCAGGUAUUCGUGACCCGCCAAGACGUGACAUUGCAAAUUGGAGACGAGUUGCUGCUACACGCAGAAAACGCGGGCAAAAAGAGGCUGAGACCGGGGCUUAUAGCUAGCUCUACGGCUUCAGGUGUUGUCCGAAUUUCCACCUUGCAGCACACGCAAAUUGGACGCCUGGAGAGGAACCUGGAGACACAGCUACAUCCGCUGAUGAAAGCUGGCCUGGUCAAGCUCAGAGGCGUGUGCAAAGUCCCACCGGCUUCGUCACACGUGUUCGCGUCGUUUGACGUGAUUGUUUUUGUAUACAUCAGUAUGAAAGCGUUCGACGUGUUCAUAGAGACCGAUGCGAACUUUCACCUUUCGGAUCACCUCUACAGUUUGUUGCAAAUGAUGAACAGAUCUAAAUCACCCUUGCUAGAAGCAUCGACGUCAAAUUUAGCUCGCAACAUGGAAGAUCCGUUAUCACAGGUAAAUCCAGAAGAUCUCGAUACUCUCUUCGCUGAGAGUGAUGAAGCAAACAAGCUUUGCGACUCGACGGAUGGUUCGAACGGUGAUCCAUCAGAAUAUAUUGUACAGUACUUCAAUGCUUUCGACCUACAAGAUCAUCAAAAACAAGCGCUUCGAUGGAUGUUGUGGCGAGAAAAUCAGUUGAAAAAUGGCGCGUUUGAGAAGCGUACUGAUCCGAUGUGGGAAGAACGCCAUUUUGCCUCGAAUCGCUCGUACUACGUUAAUCAUUUCGAGAAGAUUGCGUCGUUAUCCCGUCUCGAGCCUCCUGCCCCGUGUUUAGGUGGCAUUUUGGCAGAUGAUAUGGGAAUGGGCAAAACAAUGACGAUGCUUUCUCUCGUUGCGUUUCAAAAGCACGUUGGUGAAGAAAAAGUUGUGGUGGAAAACGAUGGCUCACAUGGUGUUGGAAACUGGAAAGCGCGGGGCAGGACAUUGGUCAUUUGCCCAUUAAGUUUGCUUCAUCAAUGGAAGAAUGAAGCUCAAGAACGUUUUCAAUCAAACACGCUUAGUGUAUAUGUUUACUAUGGUGACUAUCGGGACACCAGCGCUGCUAAUGCAAAUUCUCUGACUAAAAGUGAUCUCGUGCUUACCACGUACGGAGUACUGUCAGCCGAGGCUGAAAAGAACGGUGUUCUUACAGCUACAAAGUGGAACCGCAUCAUUCUAGAUGAAGCACAUAGUAUCAAGAAUAGAGCCACCGGCUACUUCAAAGUGUGCUCUACCUUGCUAGCCAGGCAUCGAUGGUGUCUUACGGGUACGCCAAUUCAGAACACUCUGGACGAUAUCUUUGCACUGCUUUGCUUUCUUCAAUAUCAGCCGUGGAAUCGAGUUGCAUGGUGGAAGCGGGUAAUCAAAAAGCCGUAUGAAGAUGGUGACAACAUGAAUGCGCUUGGUCGGCUGAAGGCGCUACUAACUCCAGUAUUACUACGUCGGACUAAGCAAUCUCGAGACAAAGAGGGCAACAUAAUAGUCAAACUUCCGCCAAAGCACAUCAGUUUGGUACAGCUCGAGUUUUCUGCGGAUGAACGAGCGUUUUAUCAGGCCGUCUUUGAUAAAAGUAGGGCCGAAUUUAACGGAUUUGUUGCGCGCGGUUCAGCAAGUACCAGCUAUAUUGCCAUAUUUGCGCUCUUGCUGCGUCUUCGUCAGGCUUGCAACCACCCGUUGCUUGCAUUAGGAAAGCAUAUCGAGCAAUCGCUCACGCCAGGCAAUGAGAAGAAAAAUACGGCUUCAUCGACGAAGUGGGCGUUCCAGCCUCAUGAAAACGAAAGCUCUGAAGCCUACUGUCAAAGAGUCGCAGCUCAACUACAAAUCCAUAUGAAGGCUAGCAAUCAUGCACAAUUAAUGGGAGAAGAAGGCGCAUUACACGACUCCAAACGCUCAGUAGCUGGCUUGACAGCGUCUUAUAUACAAAGUGUAGUUGCACAAGUCGAAGCCGGUCUGGACUUGCAGGAAUGCCCUAUUUGCUUAGAUCCACCGCACGACGCCGUAUUAACACCGUGUGCGCACGUCCUAUGCGAUCGUUGCCUACGCGAAAGUCUCUUAAAUGACCCCGACAAUGGCUGCCCUGUAUGUAGAAGCGUUGUUGAAAUAUCAAAAGUGUUUAAACUGCCCUCCUCUCCUACGCAGACUGAAGACAUGCAAGUCAUCAAGAACUCAAGUCGGGCUUUUUCGUCAACUUCUGACGUCGAUAGCACAGACUUUGAGUCUGCUAAACUCCAGCAACUGCUGCGUGAUCUUCAGGCCAUCAAAUUGGAAAAUGAAAACGCCGAGCUUAAGCGUAAAGUUGUAGUAUUCUCUCAAUGGACGUCGAUGCUGGACAUGGUGUCAAGGCUUUUAACGCGUCACAGCUUCUCUCACUGCAAGUUUGAUGGAGGCUUGAACCAGGAAGCUAGAGAGCGUGUGUUAACAAAAUUUACCAACGAUCCCAAUAUUGAGGUUUUGGUCAUCAGCUUAAAAGCUGGUGGGGUUGGGCUUAACCUCACAUGCGCAUCGGUGGUAAUUUUGCUGGAUCCGUGGUGGAAUCCUGGCGUAGAGAAGCAAGCCGUUGACCGUGUUCAUCGUCUGGGUCAGACCCGAGAUGUGAUUGUAAAGCGCUACGUGAUCAAGGACACAGUGGAAGACAUGAUCUUGCAAUUGCAGCAGCGGAAGGAAUUGCUGGCCAAGCACGUGCUUGUAGUUGCUAAGGCCCACGACGAUCGACGCAGCGAGCGCAUUAAUCUCGACGAUUUGCGAACCUUUUUUCGCUGA